AUGCCCCUCUCUCACAAUAUUCUCCCAAGGGUCCUUUCAUUUUACCAUCAUUGGAAGAAAAUAUAUGGUUCAAUGUUCCUAGUUUGGUUUGGGCCGACGGCCCGUCUAACGGUCUCCGACCCGGCCCUCAUCAGAGAGAUUUUCAUCUUGAAAUCAGAGCUUUUUGAGAAAAAUGAAUCUCCCCCACUUGUGAGGAAAAUUGAAGGUGAUGGCUUGUUGAGCCUCAAAGGAGAAAAAUGGGCUCACCACAGAAAAAUUAUUCAACCAACUUUCCACACUGAAAAUCUCAAGCUGAUGAUACCCAUGAUGGCCAAAAGCAUGGAGGCAGCACUUACGAAAUGGUCCGAGAAAAUGUCGAUUGAUGGGAAAGUGGAAAUCGAGGUUUCCAACUGGUUCGAGAAUCUAGUCGAGGAUGUGAUUACGAGGGUGACUUUCGGGAGCAGCUACGAAGAUGGGCGGGCCAUUUUCGAGCUGCAGUCCCAGCAAAUGGUCCAUGCCACCGAGGCUUAUCAGAAAGUGUUCAUCCCUGGUUAUAGAUUUUUGCCGACGAGAAAGAACAGAAUAUCUUGGAGACUGGAAAAGGAAAUUCGAAAGUCGCUACUAAAGCUUAUUGACCAUCGAACAAAAUCGUGGUUUCAAGUUGACGACAUGUCAGAUGAAUGUCCCAGCGAUUUAUUGGAACUCAUGAUAAAAAAUAGCAACAUCUCAUCAAAUCAUAAUAAUUAUCAUGAGAAGUCGCCGUCAAUAUCGUCCAUAAUAACACCUAACGACGUCGUGGAGGAGUGUAAGACCAUUUUCUUCGCCGGCAAGCACACCACCUCCAACCUGCUUACGUGGACGACGGUGCUGUUGGCGAUGCACCCUUAUUGGCAGGACCAGGCACGUGAGGAGGUUCUCAGAGUGUGUGGUGCACGUGACGUCCCGACUAAAGAUGAGCUCCCCAAAUUUAAAAUGGUGAAGAACCGGAACCGACGCGCAUGGCCAAAGCUCGAGUUCAACGUAUCGACAAAAUUCUUCGGGCCGGUUCGACGGGCCAGGUUGGAACCGGCCAUGUCUAGGUACGUGGCUACGAACCACGAUGUUUGCCCACAACUAGGUUGA